AUAUGCUCCAGCACAAAGACAUCCUGGUAUCCAGCACCACUGCCCCGAAGCUGGCUGAGGCACUCCUGCUGCUCUUUGACCAUGACAACAGCCAUGUGCAGUUGCUCUCCAUUCAACUCUUCUGUAAGGUGAUGGAAUUGGUAGCAGAUGAGGGAAAAAAGCCCCUGGAGACAAUUGUGAACAAGAGCCUGUACAUACUUUUAAUCUACUGUCAUGAUGAGAACCGGAACGUGGCAAAGGCCUCUCGGGAAACGCUGCAUUGUGCAGCCAAGUUCCUGAACAGGAGGGAUCUCGAACAGCUGGUGGAGAAGGAAAAUCUGUGGAAGUUUGCUGAGGUCCUGCUGGCAGAGGACAAGAGCCGAGCGGCCGAACACCUGCGCCAGGCCCUGCCCUACCUGCAGAGCCCACAGGAGCCCCUGCGAGAGGCGGCCGUCAGAUUCAUGGGGAUGGCCGAGCGGAGCUUGAGGGGGCAGCGGGGAAAGCUCCAGCUGAUCUGUGAGGCCCUUCAAGCCCGAAGGCAAGAUGCCAGCCCACCAUGCUCUAACCUGGAAAAUCAAGCCCAGUUUCCCCAAAGAGCUAAAGAAUUAGGGACAUCUUCUGGAUCCAGUGAACCAGUGUCCCAAGAACACACCCGGAGACAUUGAAGAGGACAUCACCUCUCACUGCUGCUGGAACUCCUGGCACAGCUGAUGCUGGGCACAGUUCUCGUGGCUUCAGCACUCUCCCUGCCUGUAGAUAGAUAGCUCCCUCCUUCCAGCCCCCAGACACUGCCCAUCACCUUUUUUUCUCUCCACAUUUCCUCCCUUUUGAUAGCUCUGCCUCACCAGCCCUCAGCCUAUCCAUCCCCUUUUUUUCCCCUCCACUCUCCCUCCCUGUUGACAACUGCCUGCCUCCAGCCCUCAGACCCUGCCCAUCCCCUUUUUUUCCCCUCCACUCUCCCUCCCUGUUGACAACUGCCUGCCUCCAGCCCUCACACCCUGCCCAUCCCCUUUUUUUCCCCUCCACUCUCCCUCCCUGUUGACAACUGCCUGCCUCCAGCCCUCAGACCCUGCCCAUCCCCUUUUUUCCCUCCCAUCUCAUCCCUUUGUUUCAUCUUCCAUUAAUAAACAGUUUGGAUUCUUCA